AUGGCGGCCGCUUCGCUCGGAUCGGCGACCUCUGCGGCGGGAGGCGACGCCUCAGCUGCAGGCGCCGCGGACGUCGGCCCAGGCGCAGAACUCCCUUACCUCGGCAGUCGAAUUUCUCUCAUUUCCAACACGGAAAUCCGCUAUGAAGGAAUUUUGGACUCGAUCAACGCGGAGCAAGCGACGGUGGCCCUCCGCAUGGUUCGCUCCCUGGGGACGGAGGGACGGAGACACCCAGAAGACAUCCCGCCUUCUCCGCAAGUGUAUGACUGCAUCGUGUUCAAAGGUUCGGACAUCAAGGAUUUGACGGUAUGUUCGGAGCCUGACCCGUCGCUGGUGAAUCACCUGAGCGCCUUUCCCCCAGAUCCUGCAAUUGUCUCCAUGUCGGGCCCUUCGGCAAAUGCGCACGGCUACGCGUCGCCGGCGCCGGCUCUGUCCUCGGACCCUCUGUACAUGGACGGCUCUUCGGGCGCGCUGGGUACGCCGAACCGGGGGAGACACGGCAGUGUCUCCUCUCCCUCUCUCAUGGGGGCGACCCCACACAGCUUGUUGCCUCUGAAUCCCUCGUCGCUCCCCGGCUCCAGCGGCAUUCUCGGCGGCGGAGGCUUCCCGUCUCCCUCUUUCCUCGGCGGAAAUGGGUCGCCCCUUCUGAGCGCCGAGCCGCACCCGGCACCCGGCGUGGUCUGCGGGGCCCAGGAAACGGGGUACCCUGCAUACCCCGCUGGUGGGGCGGGUCGCCCAGGGGAGGGCGAAGGCAGUUUCCUCGCAGCGCCAAGCAGUCAGACUUCUUCGCUGCCAGGCAGCCAGCGCACAGGGCGAGGCGGGCACGGCCUCCCGCAGUACGGCGUCCCCGGCGCGCUCAACGGCAGAGACAUGGGCACGAGGGGGGGCCGAGACGACGGCCUGAGGCCCUUCGGCCCGAACUACGGGCGCGGCGCGGGCGGCGCGGGCUACAACCGCGGGCCGAAGAACGGGCAGCAUGCAGGCGGGCGGGGCUUCUACGGCAACGGGGCUGGGCGAGGCGGCGCCAUGUACGGCGGCUACUAUGGGCGGAAGAACGGGUACUACGGCGCCCCAAGCGGGCCUGGCGGCCCCGAGCAAGGCCGCAGGGGCUACCACCAGCGGAACCCUAUCGGGGAACUGAAGAGCCACCCGAAUGAGCAACUGAAGAGCGAAACUGCCCAGGACUUCGACUUUGAAACAAUGAACAAACAGUUCGCGAAACCCACGUCGCUUCCGCCGGCGGAGAGGACCGAUGAGAAGGGCCCGGGACUCGAGGGUGCGGAGGAGUUUGGGAUCGAGAAGAAGAAGCCGUAUGACAAAAACGAGUCUUUCUUCGAUUCAAUUUCUUGUGAAGCGCUGGACAAACAACAAGGACGCGAAGAGCGGUUCGACCGUCAGAAACAGAGAGAACUCGACGUGAGCACCUUCGGUUCUCAAGCUGCGCACUACCGACCCAUGCAGGGUUGGGGUGGCCCGGGGAGAGGACGACGCGGAGGCCGAGGCGGCCGCAGAGGGCGAGGCAGAGGCCGAGGAGGACGAGCCGGUGACGACCUGUAA